ACCCCCGAAACGACACGCAAUGCAGAGCACGAUGGCGUCGCCGCCCAAGGCCAAGGCCAAGGCGCCGGACGCCGCCUUUCUCGAGAAGCUCGCUUUGGAUGCAGGCCACGUGCACGUCGAGCUGGCGACGCCGGCCCGUCCGCUCAAGGUGCUCGUCGGGACGUGGAACGUCGGCAACAAGAUGCCGCCGUCGACGCCCGAGGGUCUCCACGCGUGGAUUCCGCAGCAUGGCGGCGACUUUGACGUGAUAGCGAUCGGGCUCCAAGAGAGCUCGUUCAAGAAGCACGCGAGCAGCCACGAGGUGCUUGAGAAGACCGAGAGCAUCGAGGACGACGACGAAGACGACGACGACGCCACCGCCGCCGCCGACGCCGCCCCGGCGGAGCAGGCAGAGGUACCGGUCGAGCGAACCGAACCACCGGUGCUCGUCAAGUCGGCGUCGUCCAAGCGCAGCCUUUUGCCCCACUACGCGUUCUUCCAGCAGCUUGAAGACCACGUCGGCGCCUCGUAUACCGUCGCGGGCUCGAUCGAGCUCAUGGAAAUUCGGCUCAUCGUGUUUGUCCACACGCGCAACAAGUGCACGGACGUCGAGAAGACGACCGAAGCGACGGGCGUCGGCAACGUCAUCGGCAACAAGGGCGGCGCGGUGGUCAAGCUCGUCGUCGACGGCGUCUCGCUCUGCUUCGUCAACUGCCACCUCGCCGCCCACGAAGCGCAAAAGUUCCUCGACCGCCGCAACAGCGACUGCACCGAGAUCCUCAACGGCGCGCGCGUCGGGCACAAGUCGCUGAGCUUGGACCACCAGUUCGACCAUGCGUUCUGGUUUGGCGACAUGAACUACCGCAUCAACCUCGAGUACUCGGGAACGCCAGCGUCCAAAGACACGCACUGGGACGACGUCCACGCGCUCGUGCUCGCCAAGGACUAUGCGCAGCUCAACGCGAACGACCAGCUCGCGCACCAGCUCGCAGAUGGAAAGGCGCUCGUGGGCUGGCACACCGCGCCGUGUCUCUUCCCGCCCACGUUCAAGCGCGUGCGCGGCCAAGUGCACGAGUUUACACGCCAGCGCGUCCCAUCGUACUGCGAUCGGAUUCUGUGGACGUCGCUGCCCGGGUUCGCCAAGCACCUGACGCUCACGCAGUACGACUGCGUCGAGUCCAUCACGACGAGCGACCACAAGCCUGUCUUUGGCGCGUUCGAAGUUGGGCGCUACAGUCCGCAAGGGCCACUGCCGCGGCCGCACCAGAGUUUGGAGGUGACCUUUGCAGGCGUCUCGGCCGAGAACCUCCUCGCGAUGGACUUGACGGGCACGAGCGACCCUUACAUCAAAUUCAUCUGCACGAUCCCGGGCCUCCUCGUCGAUGACGAGGCGGGGAAGCACCAUCCGCAGUCCGGCAUCGUCAAGGCCACCGUCAACCCUUCGUGGAGCGACGACGUCAUGCCGACGCUCAAGAUCAAGGCGCGGCUCCACGAGCUCGAGAAGGUGCAUCUCGUGCUCGUCCUCAUGGACUACGACGCCACGUCCACGGACGACGCCCUGGGCGAAGUCGUCCUCUGCCUUGCCGACCUCUACGCGCAAGACGCCGGCGUUGCCUUUGAGCGCCAAGUGGUCAAGAACGGCGUUGGCGCGGGGACGCUCCGGGGUACCGUCACGGUCGCGCCGUCGAAUAAGGCGCUCGCCGACUGGGAAAAGCCGCCGGGGUCGUCCGCCGUGCCGGGCUGCUCGUGUGCGACCAUGUAGCAGAAUCCGAGAAUCGAGUG